UUUACUAUGGACAUCUCCGUGGAAAUGUAUUUUUCGGAAGAUGAAGAGGAAGAAAAUGUACAACUUACACGUAUUAGAAGGAGACUUAGAGACCAGACUAAUCCAUUGGUGCUACCAACGGCCAAAUUCAUUAGUUACUUAUGCUGAACAAAGAAGCGUUUAUAUAUUUACUCAAUGGGACGAAGGACUUCUUUAAGCAAUCAAAGCGGACCUCUGCUAUAUCACCGAUCAUAAAAUUAUGCGCCGCGUUACGAUUUUUUGCAGAUGGUAGUUACCAAAAGAGUGGCGGUAACGAUUUUAAUGUUGGUUUAGCUCAACCUACAUUUUCUGUGGUUCUUGAGGAAGCUCUAAACAUCCUAGAACAACGAGUCUGUACACGGUGGAUCAAGGCGGCGAUGACCCCUGAUGAAGUAUAGAAUUCCAAACUGGCUGUUUACGCUCAAAGUGGAUUUCCAGGAGUAAUAGGCAGCGUUGACGGUAUGCAUGUUCGAAUCUGUGCACCACGAAAUGAAGUACAGCAUCUAUAUCUUAACAGAACAGGCUACUACAGCCUUAAUGUGAUGAUUACUAUAAACAGAAUAUCAGGUUCGUUGACGCCAGAUACCCAGGUUCUAAUCAUGAUUCCCAUAUAUGGAAUGUAUAUAAAAUUAUUUCUAGGUGAUGCAGGAUAUCCACUAGGAAGAAUUAUAAUGACCCCAUUUCGCAAUACAGUUGAUGGCUCACCACAAAGGAACUACAACAAAAUUUAUGCUAAAGCAAGGAACUCCAUUGAGAGAACUAUUGGCGUUCUGAAAAGCAAGUUCAGGUGUUCUGCUAGGGGUUUGCACUACGCGCCGGAAAAAGCUAUGCAAAUUGUUAAUGCUUGCUGUGCUUUACACAACAAUUCUCAGCAUUUCAAAGUUCAAUUUCCCGAUACCAUUUUGAGCACAGAUAAUCAACAAGAAUCCACACCUGUGGAAAAUAAUUCAGCAUCGAAUGGCGAAGCAGAAAGAAUAUGGAACAACAUAAUGCGUUCAUUGCAAUAAAUUUCAGAUGUAUUUCAUUUCAAAUUAAUAAAUUAAUUAAUUUCC